GCUGCGAGAUUGAAAUGCGGGACUUAAGUCUCCUGCCUCGGAAAAGUGACUUCCUUGGCUUUCUUUUUCUUGACAUUCUCGCCUUUUCCCGCGGUAGGAAUCCGAGCGAGCCGGGGCCUUCUUCGGAGCCGAUCCCGGCGAGCCGGGCAAGACCCAUCCCACGCCGAGUUUCCUCCGGGGAUCUCCACGCACCCUGCUCGCCGUCCUGAGUCACACCAUGGAGCCAGCCUUCGGUGAGGUCAACCAGCUCGGCGGGGUCUUCGUCAACGGCCGCCCUUUGCCCAACGCCAUCCGGCUUCGGAUUGUGGAACUAGCUCAACUGGGCAUCCGACCGUGCGACAUCAGCCGGCAGCUGCGCGUCUCCCAUGGCUGCGUCAGCAAGAUCCUGGCGCGCUACAACGAGACCGGCUCCAUCUUACCCGGGGCCAUCGGAGGGAGCAAGCCGCGGGUCACCACGCCAACGGUCGUGAAGCACAUUCGGACUUACAAACAAAGGGAUCCGGGCAUUUUUGCUUGGGAGAUCCGGGACCGGCUGCUGGCCGACGGCGUGUGCGACAAAUACAACGUCCCCUCUGUCAGUUCCAUUAGCCGGAUUCUGCGCAACAAGAUUGGAAACCUUUCUCAGCAGAAUCACUACGAGGCUUACAAGCAGCACCAGGCGGCUCCGCAGCCGGCCCUGCCUUACAACCACAUCUACUCUUAUCCCAGCCCCAUAGCUGCAGCAGGUGCCAAGGUGCCUACCCCACCUGGCGUGCCGACGAUCCACAGCGCCGUCCACAUGCCUCGGACCUGGCCCUCCUCUCAUUCCGUCACUGACAUCUUGGGAAUUAGGUCCAUAACAGAUCAAGUGAGCGACAGCUCGCCCUAUCACAGCCCCAAGGUGGAAGAGUGGAGCAGCCUGAGCAGAAGCGGCUUCACGGCCCAGCACGUUGCGGUGAACGGGCUGGACAAGGGCUCCCUCGAGCACGAGACCAAGUACAGCCAGGCACCAAGCUGCCUUCCAACUGUCGGAAGCUUUGUCUCUGCACCAACAAUGGCACCUUAUCCCGCAGCAGCCCAGGUGUCCCCUUAUAUGGCGUACAGUGCUGCUCCUUCUGGUUACGUAGGUAGUCACGGCUGGCAGCAUGCUGGGGGCACCCCUCUUUCACCCCACAACUGUGAUAUUCCAGCUUCACUGGCUUUCAAGGGCAUGCAAGCAGCCAGAGAAGGUAGUCACUCCAUCACCGCCUCUGCACUCUGAUAUUGGAAAUACGGCAGAACAUCCGGUCCAGUCCGAUCCAGCUCAGUGUUCUUUCUUUUGUCCCCAUCAUUCUUCUUCACAGACUGACUCAAUGAGCUGGAACUAUUUUUCCAUGAUUUUGUGCUUAAAAAAAAUUGCGGUUUGGUAAGUGUAAAUAACAUAAGGAAGGGAUAAAUGUGUUGUCUCCCUUUGCACUGCAUGAAGAAGAUUUGACAGCCCUCAGAGGGCUUGUGUGACUGUUUCAUUGGUAAAACCACACAUAUUUAUUUUAAAGCUACAGGACUUUUUCAAAUGUGCAAUUGUUUCAUAUUUGUGAGAAACCAUUCAAAGAAACCCAAUAGAUCAACAAAUGCAAUCAAAUAGAAAUGGACUUUUGGACCAAAAAAUAGUUCUUGUGGAAAAAAGCAUGGACAGAUGAAUAGUCGUUGUGGCUAACAGCUUGUGUUUUAUAGCAACAAAUUAUAGAACCAAAUGAAUAUAUGGCUCUGUUAUUUAUCCUGUAUUUUGUUGUGAUCACAAAGACAAUGAUGUUUUUGUUUUCUCUUUGUAAAUAUGGAUUUGGUUAUCAUCUGCAUUUCCACUAGUCAACUGACUUCUGCUUUUCUUUUUGUUGUUAAGUGGUGACAUGGUAGACAUGCUUUUCCCACUUUAGCAUCCUUCAAUAGUGUUAGGAUUGCAAUUCCAGAACGUUCAGUGGGAAUUCCACGAAUUGCAUUCCCAAUUCACCCAGAGUUUGCCAAAAUGGGAAAGGAUUUCCAAGCAAUUUGCUGUUUCUCUUCUUGGUGAUGUCAUUGGCCUUAAUGGUUCAAGUUUUGAUAAUUCUACGUUUGCAGCAUAGUAUGAAAGCUCCUUAAAGCACUUGGAUUUAAUGAAAAGCAUUUGGUUUUUUUCCAGCAAAGAACCUAAAAUGAGUACAAGUAGUCCUCAUAUAAAGACCACAAUUGGGACUGGCAACAGGGUUCUUAGGUGAAGUGGUUGCUAAAUGAAACUGCAACUGUGCUUAUGAUCAGCUUUCCUUUGCUUUACAGAUCUUAUAAGGUUAUAAAUGUGAGGAUUGGUUGCAAAGUUACCUUUUUUUAAUCACUGUAGUAACAGUGAACAAUUCUAAACAAGGCAGUUGCUAAAUGAGGACUACCUAUAACUCUAUAUUCCUAGUGGGUCAGAAAGUUUCUCUCAGUCUUUCACAAAGGAAAGGAUGUUUGUGGAAGGCACUAGUGUUCAAUGAAAACUGCUGCUAAAAAUAAUAAUAAAUGUAAUAAAUAAAAAUAAGCAACACAAAUUA